UUUGUGUGGAGACGGAAGUCACGUGACGCGACUGGGAGUUUUGUCAUGUGAUGUUCCUGCUUUUGCAGCAAAGCGCUUUACAGUCGAGACAAACAAACCGCUUCUAAGACGAAAAACGCACGCAGAGAAGAGACUGAACCUGCUGGACGGCUGUCAUGGGGUGCUGUUUCAGCAGCGAUAGUGAAACGUCGCAGCAGAAUGAAGAGGUGAAGCCGUUGAUUCCUGACCCAAACUUAAACAAAAUACCCACUAAUGGCUCGGAUCGAAACGCAGACAGCCUGCCGUCCAGCCGCACAGAUGAGCAGGCCCUGCUCACGACCAUCCUGCAGCGGACCGCUCUGAACAUAAUUGACGUCUCGGCUGUUGAUUCCCAAGGGAUGGAGCAACACGAAUACAUGGACAGAGCCAGACAGUACAGCACCAAGCUGGAGGUGUUGAGCAGAACGCUGUCUCAGAAGAAGCCCGUUCCUCUCCCGUCACUGAGCAGCCAACCUCACCAGGUGCUCGCCGCUGACCUGGUCUCCUACGCAGAUGUACAGCAGGUGUCUAAGAUUGCUGCGUACGCCUACAGCGCCAUCUCACAAAUCAAAGUAGAUGCCAAGGAAGAGCUGGUGGUGCAGUUUGCUAUACCAUGAUUCAAAAGUUGGACCUCCUUCCCCCCAGUUCCUCUGUUUCUGUCUCUAAUUCUAGCCCUUUUCACUCCUCCGUUGUCCUUCCAAACCUCUUGAAAUGCAGACGCCCAUGUCGUUGUUCUCUGAAUGCCCUGCAGAUAAAUAUAAUUCACCCCAAUAAGAGCCGCCAAAUACAGAUCCAAGAGGGUAAAAACAUCUGAUCUUCUAUUUUUGUGUUGGCGUUUGGCAUUUGAUCAGUUACCGGUAGUUUUUCAUGCAUUAAUCAAACUCUUUUUCAACAAAUACAUCAGAAAUGGAUUUCAAAAAUCUUAGUUUUAUUUGUUCUUGUUGAUUCCUCUUCUGUUGGCUUUUCAGUGUCCUGAUUGGAGAUUGUUAAACCAAGUAGCACAUCCAGACUUCUCAAUUACUCUUAUAUAUUAAGUUAACUCUAUAUUUACUCAGUUCGGCUGGGUCAUCUUAACACACAGGUUAAGGUUCAGUUCAGUAAUGAGACAAUUCUGGAAUCACUGUGGUUUAGAGUUCAUUAUUUCUGAUUCAGUUUCAUAAUUGUAUGCACUGAGGUUCCAGAUUGGGAUGCAGAUUAAUAUGUGCAACAUAAAUAAUAUUUCUGUCUAACCAGAGUAACACACACAUAAUAUUGCAUUAACCAUCGUUUGUUUGUGUUUUAUAUUUAACUAAUUUGGAUGCAGAACUCGUAUGUUUUGCGCGACUAAUCUGAUUUUCAGCUGGUUUAAAUUUGAGUGUAUCACUGUUAACUACCGAAUUAUUUCAGUCCUGCAAAUUUAGACAUUAAUUCCUGUUUUUGUUUUCCUCUAUUUGCUAAAUCAGGUUAGACGCCAUAUUGAAUUUUACACAGCCUCGUUUUCAUUCCUGUCAAAAAUUAAAUAUGGCUGUACUCUCACUGAGGUGUAUAUCACAAUCAUUUAUAUAGAUCAGUGGUAUAUAUGCAGUUUUAAAUAAUAUCACGGUACGUUUGACGCACUGCGCCACGUCAUAUCAGUUAUUAAUUAAUUUGAGAUUUUAAACCCUCUAAAGUGGCUCUGCUAUUGCUUUUAGCGGAAGAGAAAGUGUUUCUCUUACCGUGCACCUUUCCUAUAACCUUCAAACGGUCAUGCAGUCUUACUGUAAAAAAAUAAAUAAAAUAAAAUAAAGACGAACACUGGUUAAACCGAGCCAGAACAGUGUGGCCUGUCUAACGAAUAAUCAUACUGUCAAAGAGUGUUUUGGAUGGAGAGGUGGGUCUGAAUUGUCGCGGCGGGAAUUCAUAGAUUGUAAAUGAUGUUUUUGUGUCAAUGCCUUUAAUGUACAGAGUGUAAAAUGAUUCGAGAUGAAUGAUUAAUACUUGUAUAGGGAAGUGUAAACGGCUCUACGGCGCCUCCUGGCUGCGUAAUGCUUUAGUCGUAAGGCUUUGCGAUCCGUAGCUUGUUUUUAGCGAAGCAAGCUUUAACCUUGCCUGUUCUACUUUUAACAUCAUGAAAAGAUAUUAUUACAUUGCUUUAACUUAGUCCAUCUAAUUCCUUUUUUUGCUGUUGUGCCGAAAAACUAGGAAAGAACUAGUGAAUUUGUAAAGAUUUGCAUUCUUUCCUGAAAGAGUUUGAAAUGCCACACGCUAUGUUUGUGUAAUUAUUUAUUUUGAUUUUAUAUAUUUAUGCAAGCUCACAGACAGUGUGCCACGAUUAGCUCUCUAGAUCACGGCAAGGCACUUUUGUCUUUCUUUGAGAUUUUUAAAGGGAUAAAAUGCACUGCAAUACUUUGUUUUCUGUUGCAGUUCACUAAUAGUGUUCAAGUUCGUUUGUUUGUUUGUUACCUAAAUGUGGAAUUCUACCUGAUUUACAGAAAGAAAAAAAACAUUUCUUAGGCUAGUACCAAAAAUUUUAUCUCAGUGUUCUGUUAAAACUGUUUUUGUUGAAUGAAAUUAUGCAUUAAAGACUUUCAAAAUUA